AUGGCAUUUUCACGAGCCAAUGCACCUCUCAGGACCUGUCUGCGCCAGUUGGUGCGCUCAGAGGGACCAGCUCCUCUCCGCUCGAUAGCCGCCAGCCCUCGCGCAUUCAGCACAUCCCAUGCACUUCUCAAGAAGCGCAAGAUCUCGGCACCUGCCAACAGUCCCAAUACUGCCACUGCAAAGGCGGCUGCGGGGUCUAUGAACAAGGCCGAAUAUGACACGGCAAAGGUGCCUGCGCCCGACCCAGAGGAUCCUCUCGACUUUACAGCUGUUAUUGCUGCAUACGCACCCAUCGAUGCGCAUUUCAAGACUCAACUUGCGAGUAUGAUCCACGGUGGUCGCUUCAACCCAACAAACCUGGGUUCACUGCCUGUGACCAUUAAGGAUGAGGAGGGCGCCGACGCUACAUUUCCCCUCCGAGAGCUGGCGCAGGUUGUUCCUCGAUCUGGCCGAGCUAUUUCGCUACUGGUCAACGACAAGGAAUACAUCAAGCCCAUCAUGUCAGCAGUACAAUCGAGUCGGGAAUUCAACCAGCAGCCUCAACGAUCCGAGGACAAUGAGCUUGAGCUUCUUCUCAAGGUGGAGCUAGAGCGCAAGGACGAUGUCGAACGACGAAUCAAGGAGGCUGUUCAGCAGUGGAAGGACCGCAUUCGCAAUGCUCGAUCACGACACGAAAAGACGCUAAAGGACUGGAAGAAGAACGGCACCGUUCUCCCUGACAUCGUCAAGAAGGCUGAGAAGGAGUUGCAAAAGGUGCAGGACAAGAAGAUGAAGGAGAUUGACCAGGAGGAGGCACAGACGAUUCGUCAACUAUAG